AUGGGCAACAACCUUGAGGAUUUUGAUACUUUUAACCUGAAAACCUUCAAACUCCCCGCAAAAUUCAAUCAUUCUACGCAAAGGAAUGAUGAACAUUUUAACGAUGAGCAAUUUCGAAUGGACCUAUCCACACCCCCACGCCGGUGGGAGAACUGGGUGGUGAAGCUAAUAUUUGACAAGUUAGGAAAAGAAAAGCACGGCAACGGUUUCUAUGUUAACGUUCCCAACUCCAACUUUGACGUUAUUCUGACGGCUGGACAUAAUCUCGUCGACAAGCCGGAGCAUUAUUGCUCCAAUAUUAGGAUCAUUCAUGACCCUCACACCAAACAAGAUAUCCCGGUGACGCCUGAUAUGAUUCGUGUCUGCCAGAAUUAUUUCCAAGAGCCUAGUGAACUCAACGCCAUAUUCGACUAUGGAGUCAUCUUAUUGAAGAGGGGGAAACAGGACCGUCAUCGUGGAUUCGGUUUCAAUAUUAUGCUAGGGCUUGCACCACUGCCGAGAGAGAAGAUGUCUUCUGAAGACGAGAAAAAAGACAUACUUCAGGAUAGUUUAGUAUAUGUCAGUGGCUAUAUGCCAGGAGAUUCCCCUCCCGAUAAUCCCAGGAGGUCGGAAGGUAGAUGUAUUGGGGCGAAGCCCAACCAGUUACGAUACACAGCCGAUGCUAUGCAAGGUAUGAGUGGCGGUCCUGUAUGGAUGGGAUUUCGCGGUGUCGAGACAGCAGUAGCGAUCCACAACUAUGGCCCAGAAAGAAAGGGCCAAGGAAAUAGGGGAUCAAGAUUGAACUUCAGCGUUUGGCGUACCAUCUUUAAAUGGGUCAAUGUUGGCUGGCGUGAUAAAUCACUUCAUUACAGGGGUUCUUCCACCUAUAUCAUGCACCUUCACCUACCACGAGACUCUAUCUUCAGAAACGCCGCUUCUAACGAGGGUCGGGUCCGUGUAGGCAAGCCUGGUCGUAUAGAAACAUUAUUCGAUGUCCUACCUGUAUCAGCUAGACCAGAGGCGAAAGAAUUGAAUGCUGGCUAUGGCUUUUCCCUGCGAACUCCUUUAUGCCCUAACAAUGGUUCUACGAAGACGAAGACUGCUACAUCACCUCUUGUCUGGGUGAGAUGGGAUCCGGCGAAGGGAAUGAAGGGCAGGGUUUCGCUCACGAAGCGCUUUGAUGAUCGGUGCGAGGUUAAAAUUCCAACGUUGAUUGCUCAACCGGGAAGGCCAUUUUCGAUACAAGCACAAGACGAGGAUAGCUGGAAAGAAGUGCGCAUGAAAAUGGAACAUGUCGGGGAGGAAGUCUUAGAGCUUCUAGAUGACGACCCACAGAGUUCCCACGACACGUCAGAGAUAUCAUUCAUCCCACUUACGAAGGACAAGCUAUUUGAAUUCAAGUAGGAAGAGACUGGUAGUUCUGAUCUAUGAUAUGCAUUUGCAGCAGGCGGGCCAUCAUAACCUGUUCCUACAGAACGAUUUAGGUGAACUAAGACAAUUUGUUUACUAUUAGCAAGGGUAUAAUUAAGAUAUUAAUACACCAGUUAUUCUGCUGCUUAGAAAUAUAGCAGGGAAACCCUUGCUUCUCACUUCACAUAGCUUCUCAAUCCGGCAGAAAACUCAUCAACUCUGCAGAUAAUU